AUGGAAACCAACAUCAAGAUCAACAACCCUGCGGACAUCUCUGUUAUUAUUAUUUAUUUUUUGGUAGUCCUGGCAGUGGGACUAUGGGCUAUGUACUCAACCAACCGAGGCACAGUCGGUGGAUUCUUUCUUGCUGGACGGAGCAUGGUUUGGUGGCCAAUUGGUGCUUCUCUUUUUGCCAGUAACAUUGGCAGUGGACAUUUUGUGGGCAUAGCAGGAACAGCAGCAGCUGGAGGAAUUGCCAUCGGAGGAUAUGAAUGGAAUGCUCUGAUAUUUGUGGUUGUUCUGGGAUGGCUGUUUGUACCCAUCUACAUCAAAGCUGGGGUGGUGACAAUGCCAGAGUAUCUGAGGAAACGUUUUGGUGGGAAACGGAUUCAGAUCUACCUGUCAGUCCUUUCUCUGUUGCUGUAUAUUUUCACAAAGAUCUCAGCAGACAUAUUCUCUGGAGCUGUAUUUAUACAGCUGGCCAUUGGGCUGAAUCUUUAUUUGGCCAUAAUUAUCCUGCUUCUUAUUACUGCUCUUUACACCAUCACAGGUGGCCUUGCAGCUGUGAUUUACACAGACACAUUACAAACAUUUAUCAUGGUAGUGGGAUCCUUUAUUCUCAUGGGAUUUGCAUUUUCUGAGGUAGGAGGGUAUGAUGCUUUUAUGAAGAAGUACAUGGAAGCAAUUCCAUCCCGCACCUCCUACGGGAAUGUUACCAUUAAUCCAGAGUGCUACACUCCUCGCCAGGAUGCCUUCCACAUCUUCAGAGAUCCUGUCACUGGAGACCUGCCCUGGCCAGGGCUUGUCUUUGGUUUGAGCAUCCUUGCUAUGUGGUACUGGUGCACAGAUCAGGUCAUUGUCCAAAGAUGUCUUUCUGGCAAGAACAUGUCCCACGUCAAGGCUGGAUGUGUCAUGUGUGGGUACCUGAAACUCUUGCCCAUGUUUAUUAUAGUGAUGCCUGGAAUGAUCAGCAGAAUUUUGUAUACAGAUGUGGUGGCUUGUGUUGUUCCUGAAGUCUGUGAGCAGCACUGUGGCACUGCAGUUGGAUGUACAAAUAUUGCUUAUCCAAAAAUGGUAGUGGAGCUUAUGCCAAAUGGUCUGAGGGGUCUGAUGUUGUCAGUCAUGUUGGCCUCUCUCAUGAGCUCCCUGACUUCCAUUUUUAACAGUGCCAGCACUUUGUUCACCAUGGACAUUUACACCAAAAUUCGAUCACGGCCAUCAGAGAAAGAGCUCAUGUUAGCUGGCAGGGCAUUCAUGUUACUUUUAAUUGGCAUCAGCAUUGCCUGGGUUCCUGUGGUGCAAUCAGCUCAAAGUGGGCAGCUCUUUGAUUAUAUCCAGUCAAUUACAAGCUACCUGGGACCUCCCAUUGCUGCUCUCUUCCUGCUUGCUGUCUUCUGCAAGAGGGUCAAUGAGCAGGGUGCCUUCUGGGGCCUGAUGUUUGGGCUGCUGGCUGGACUCGGCAGAAUGAUUGCAGAGUUUGCUUAUGGAACUGGCAACUGUGUGACCCCUUCCAACUGCCCAUACAUCAUCUGUGGGAUUCACUACCUCUACUUUGCAAUGAUUCUUUUCGGGGUUUCUGCCAUCGUCAUCCUGGCAGUCUCCUUCAUGACCAAGCCCAUUCCUGAUGUACAUCUUUACCGCCUGUGCUGGUCUUUGCGGAACAGCGAGGAAGAACGGAUUGAUCUUGAUGCAGAAGAGGAGCAGGAGAAAGCUGAUGAAAAAGAUGAGGAAUCAGUUAAUGAGGAAACUCAAGAGGAAGUAGGAUGCUUGAAGAAAGCCUAUAACUGGUUCUGUGGUAUAGACCAACAAAAAGGACCCAAACUGAGCAAGGAAGAAGAGGAAGCACUGAAGAAGAAACUGACUGACACAAGUGAAGUGCCACUUUGGAGGAACAUUGUGAAUGUCAACGGCAUCAUCCUAUUGACUGUGGCUGUGUUUUGCCAUGCCUUCUUUGCAUAAACCUCUGAUUGCAGUUCUGAAAUUGUACUGUAUUUUCAAGCAAAGAUGACAACUUGUGGAUUUACAGAGUUAGAUACACUUAGUAUUUUCAUUGCCUAUGUUUGUAAAAAAUCAGGGUCAUUUACUCACUGAUUUUGUGAUCAUAAUUUCAACAAUCUCAAGAUGAAGGCCACUGGGAUUUCAAGAGAGAGAAUUUCUGUUCAGAAUCAAUCAAUGCAGGGCUAAUGGAGGUUCAGAAUUUCCAUCCAAUGUCCUCUUUUCUUGUGAUGCAUUUCAUAUUUUAGGUGCAGAACAAGGCUGCAUAAGCCAUAUUUCAUGUCAGGGUUUGUGAACUACAUUCUAGGGUUGAUUUUCAACCCUACUUCUUUUGAUCAUUCAAAUUUCUUUUUCCUUUGGCUAUGAUAAUUUGAUGGCAAAACCUCACA